AUGGACUUUUCACUCACCAUGAGCGCCGCGCCGCACCGGUUGUGGUACAUCGACGGCGAUGUGGUAAAGGUACGGGUAAGUCUCACCUGUGUGCCCGAGGCGGCGCCGGACACACGAAUGGAAAUGGCACCGCUGCAACGGGUGCCGAGGCACAAUUACUUCUCCGUCGACCCCACCGAGGCGGAGUCGCACGAGACGGAUGUGCGUGUGAGGCCACUCGAGGUAGAGCUCGUUGGGCUCGUCGAGCUCGACCCCAGUGUCAUGAAACCCAUCAACUGGCCGGCCGCGGUCUCUGAAAAAGAGAUGGCGGUGAGCCCCCGUCCUGGCAGGAGCCGGUCCGCGGUGGUGUACAUACUUUACCGCACGGGUAAAAAAACACUGCAGGAGGACAUGCACUUGAAACGGUACGAGUCCGCCGCUCUAGAGUUCGUCUUUCGCCUUCCUGAGGGGUGCCCGCCGACACUCAAGGGCCGGGGCGCUGACUACCGACAUGACAUCACCAUAUACGCCACCUGGUACCCGGUGCGAUCGAGCGCCUCGGCCAAGGUGACCAAACCGCACCUUUGCAAGGUGAAGGUGCCACUGGUGGUCUUCAACAGCGUUGCCACAGUUGCCCAGCUGCCCCUUCUGUCGCUCUUCCCUCUCCCCCCUAAUUCAGCGCUCGUGGCCGAGGACUUCCACUUCCAGGCGUCCCCACUCGCCGCAGUGCCCACGCCGUGGAUGGCGGCGCCGCUGAUAGACGUCAUGCACCCGCAGCAGGCACAGCUGCGCACGUCUCUUACUGUGCGCCAUGAUGCGAAGGCGACAAUGCAGAGCAGCCUGGCUGCCCAACGGCAGCCUCUGUCCCUCAUGAUGCCGUGUGAGGGCGUCAACGUGCUUGAAGUCCACCUGCACUCCUCUUGCGUUCCCCUCGGCGAAUACCUACAGGGUUCCUUCACUGUGCUGCAGACGAGGCAACGGUCCUGCGACAGAACCGCCGACCCUGGCGCGCAGGGCAAGCGGGACAUGGAAGCUCCGGUGCCAGUGUCUGUCACCGCCUCCCUGGAGCUGCUCGAGUGCGUUACGCCGGAGUGCGCCUUGCCGACAAGCGACGCCCGCGUGACGGACGCCAGAGAACACGGUAUGGAGAACUUCGUCUGCACGCACAGACGCGUCAUUGAUCACGCUGAGUUUUGCGUUCUCGACACCCCGUGCGUGCCCUUCGAGUUCUCCCUUCCAGUGGGACUGGUUCCCACCUCCACCAUCACCGACAUCACUAGCUUCCUGUGGCAGCUCCGCGUGGUAGUGAUGGUCGUGCCGCGCAAGACACUCGCCCGAACUGCCGCGCCGGGCGUAUACCAACUCGGUCCGCUCCUAGCGCCCGUCGCCGGUGUCUUCCCUCUACUCGUGAUGCCGCCAUCGGUACCGUUCAAGGUACGACAGGGUGCUGCGUGGUGA